AUGAACCUGCUUAUCAUUGAUCAUGUAGCUGCCAUGAUCGUUUUCGAACACUCUUUCUACAUUUUUGACAAGCGGCGCUAUCUUCAGAACCAGCAGCAGUCUGUUCCCUACAUUACUGACGCUCUCGAGCAGUACAUGGCGUCUCCACAUGCUGCUGCUGUCAGGGAAGCUGUGAGCGCUGCCGUCUACACAUACCGAGAAGGCUUGUCUACUUGGAAAGCGAGACUACCGUUUCAAUCCUCGAAGCGCUCUCAGCGCUCUCAGAAGAAAGGAGACUUAGUCAAAACAAUUCUUGAAAUCACUUUACAAUAUCGCCUGCCGAGACCUUAA